AUGCCCAAACAGCUCGCCUCCCUUCCCCUCUUUGACACUCUCACCGUCCUUUCUACAUCCCCGCCCAACUGCUAUUCGCCAAAGCCCCUUCUUUCCACGGUCAAACGCCACACUUCUCAAAACCUAAUCCCCCACUUCUCUUUUCCUAACGCCCCCCCCCCCCCCCCCGUUACUACUCUGUCUAUCCCCAACCUCAUUGCCAACCUCAUUGCCAACCUCAUUGCCAACCUCAUUGCCAUCCUCAUUGCCAUCCUCAUUGCCAACCUCAUUGCCAUCCUCAUUGCCAACCUCAUUGCCAUCCUCCCCCCAUUCUCUACCCAUCUCCACCCUUCUCCGCCCAUCCCCUCUCAUUCCGCCCAUCCCCUCUCAUUCCGCUCAUCCCCUCUCAUUCCGCUCAUCCCCUCUCAUUCCGCUCAUCCCCUCUCAUUCCGCUCAUCCCCUCUCAUUCCGCUCAUCCCCUCUCAUUCCGCUCAUCCCUCUCAUUCCGCUCAUCCCCUCUCAUUCCGCUCAACCCCUCUCAUUCCGCUCUUCCCCUCUAAUUCUGCUCAUCCCCUCUCAUUCCGCUCAUCCCCUCUCAUUCCCCUCAUCCCCUCUCAUUCCUCUCAUUCCGCUCAUCCCCUCUCAUUCCGCCCAUCCCCUCACAUUCCGCCCAUUCCCUCACAUUCCCCUCGUCCCCUCUCAUUCCCCUCAUCCCCUCUCAUUCCGCUCAUCCCCUCACAUUCCGCCCAUUCCCCCACAUUCCCCUCAUCCCCUCUCAUUCCGCUCAUCCCCUUUCAUUCCGCUCAUCCCCUCUGA